AUGCCGUCAGUGCCCACCCCAUCAAAGGCCGGCAUUGUCGAGACAAAUGGCGAGCGACACAUCCCCUCUUCCCUGCGACCCGAUGGCACAAAGCGGAAAGAAAUCAAGAUCAGACCUGGAUACAAGCCACCAGAGGAUGUAGAGGUCUACAAGAAUCGCACCGCAGACGCUUGGAAGAGUCGUGGAAGUACUGGCGUCCCGGGAGCAGACGGAUUGAAGGAUGACAAGGACGAGGGCUCGGCUUCCAGCAAUAAAAAUGCGAAGAGAAGGGAGGCAAGAAAGAAAGCCAAGGCUGCCGAAGAGGGCGGAGAGAAACCGAAGGAGGGAGCCAAUUCUGAGAAAAAGGACGACAAGGCUGAAGAACCAAUAGAUCCGGAAGCCGAGAAGGAGAAGAAAGCGAGAAAUCUCAAGAAGAAGCUUAAACAGGCGAAAGAAUUGAAAGAGAAAAAGGAAGGCGGUGGUGCUUUGCUACCCGAACAGUUCGCGAAGGUCAUCAAGAUCAAUGAGCUUAUUCGAGAACUGGAUGCGCUCGGCUUCGAUGCAGAAGGAGAACCAAAACCCAAGCCAGAAGAAAAGAAAGAAUGA